AUCCUGUGGUUGAGAGGCUGGUACAUUCUAUUGCAUGUGCUCUAUGUGUGCCCAGAAGUGCAACCACCAAUGUGUGCUUUAUUGUUGCCUAUUUAAAAAUUCAAACCUGUCUCUCAGUACCCAAUGCCCAGUACCCACAUUCGAUAUGCCUGUGUACAGCAUAUGAAAAUAUGAGAAUCCGCGUGAAUGUUUUAAGUACUAAAGUGUUUUUGGUUUAAUAGAUAUAAAUCCAAUAAUGUGUCAUGUAUUUAAAAAACAAAUAGUGUUAUUGGUUGCUGCCAGGUAAUUAUUUCAGUUCAUAUAAAAAAAAAUCAUUGCUUUCUUUGAGAAUAACUUCGGUAUCUAUUUGCCGGGAAAGUUUUGCUUCUUGCAUUAGAGGAAGCAGGUGGCUCCCCAGCUCUUUGCGGGGUAACGGCAGUACUGGCAGAGGAAGGGGGAGUAACAAAGACACAAACUUAUUACUGAUGUAGCAGCUGAGGGGAAACAUCUUUCUGCAGUGGACACAGACGCCUCUCAUGUUGUUCUACAAAAAUGACCAAUUUAUCUCAAACCCUGCUGCUGAUAGCAACCCUUUCACAUACAAGCUAUGGGGCGUCUAUCAUCCCAACUGCCAAGCCAUCAAUCUGGAGUGUGAGGAGCAAAGGUCAGACCCAGCUUCUUUGCCUGGUUCCAGAGACAUAUGGAGAUGAGAUAAGCAUCUGGUUUUCAAAUGGCAAUGGCACUGAAUUGGGGACCUAUUAUUCACCAGGAAUCGCUGAUCACCUAUCAAUCAUAGCGAUAACAAAACUCCAUAAAAAUGUGCCCUCAAGUAACAAUGCUGUCAGUUUCUCCUCCGGCACCCACAUUGUUGCUUCUCGAUCCAAAAGGAAUGUGUCCAGUGUGACUGAUUGGUCCAAAAGCAGCUUCAUUGAUCCUCCUGCUCAUGAAGAGCAUCAGAGUCCUCUGCCUCUGCCACCCCAGUAUGAGAACCUUGGAGCCUAUGCCAUUCUAUCUCUUCCCACAGAGGAGCUUAAAGACUGGGGCUCUAUAACAUGUCUUGUUGCAGAUGCUGGCACAAGGAAUGUGUGGCACCAAAAGAGCUUUGAAAUCCAAGGAGAAGUGGAAGGGAAGUCGUGCCAUGAAGAGAGACAUUCUGAGGAACUGGGCAACCAACACAGAUUUACCUGUGUGUCUGUACUGACCUUGCGACUGAUUGUCUGGAAGCUCCUGACUUUUGAUUUACUUAUGACGAGUGUUGCCAUUCUGGAAGAAGGAGGACUGGAGAGGCAGAGAUCCUAUUCUUAGAUGGCUGCAGAUGUUAUGAUUAAGGAUAAACAGACAUGAAUGGAAUUUAUUGUGAAAAUUAAAAACAAAUUCAAACGUAUUUCUAAAAUAAAUGUUAUUGUACAAUCACAUUUCUGAGAAAUGAUCACCAACCUGUGGAGCCCUCAGGUUGUCAUUUAGGCACAGGCACCCAAACUGUGCGUUCACUCCACUUACCCAUCUCAGGGACUAACACACAGGCAUCUAUGGUGUGGGGACAUCCACUAACACUGCUUGUGGAACUCUUAAAACCUGCUUAAAUACCCUUUCAAGGGCCACCAUUUGGUCAAAGGUUCACAUCAGCUUCACAAAAGGGUAGCUAUAAAAAAAAAAGCACUUUUGUAUUAGCCACACUAUUUAGGAAACCCCUUGUCUUAAGGAACCUCUUACACCCCUGUUUUGGAUCAAGGAAUAUUAAAAGGAUUUGUUCUCCUUUAUCAAAGGUCAAAGUGAAAAUUCAAAUUAAAAAAAUGUCGAUUUCAAGCUAAUUUUUGUGUAUUUCGACUAGGAAUAG